CGUCGUCGGCCUCUGGUGCACCAGGAUCUGCAAUUGAUCAACGAAGAAAAGCGCAUGCGAGGUCAACACAUACGCAAUUCUCUGCCGUUCCACCAGAAGUAACAGACAACGUGGCGAAUUCCCACAAACUUCAGAUUUUUUCAGCAAGUUUUAGAAGCCUGCAUCCUCGUAAUCUGGUCCUUCCAUCGUGGUACAGCCUC